GUCAAAAAGCUCCAGCACUCGUGGCGCCAUGGCUUCAAAGAGUUCCAACGCUGAAAACGACGCGGCCAAGGUGGCGACGCUCACCGAAGAAGUGCACACGCUUCGCGUCAAGUUGAAAGAUCUUCAGCGCGGGCAGCAGGAGCUGACGGAGCAGCUGGUGCCUAUCGAACGUCUCAAGUCUCAGAUGCGGAAGGAGAAGAAAUUGAAAGAAGAAGCGGAGCAUCAGAUCGAGGUCCUGGAAAUGGAGAAGAGGAAAUUGAACGACGAGGUCAACAGACUGCUGAGAGAUUUGGUGUUUCAGAAAGGUGAGACGAUGAAAUUUGAAAAUCGAAGUUUGGAUCUGGAGAAAUUGGUAGUACAACUGGGUCAGUCUGAGCGAGGGGCGCAAGGUGAACUGCUACGCGCGCAGGAACGCGAACAACUUUCGCGAGUGGAUGCCUUCAACAGCGGCAUUGCCAAGCGAAGCGCGGAGGAAGAAAGGGACGAGGCACUUGCAAGGGCUCAUAGUAAGGAGCAGCAGCUGAAGGCAUUGAAGGCGGAGUGGAGCGUGCUGUGCCAUCACCAUGAGAAACUACAGGAAGAACUUGUGGAAAGAAGAGUCGAGGUGAAUGCUUUGACCAAAGACCAGGUCGUAUUGCGAAAAGAACAUGUGGAAUUACAAGAAAAACAUCAGGCACAAGAGGAAGCCUUGCAGCAAAGCCUUGCCGAAGUGGAAGCGUUGCGUGUGCGCAGUGACAUGCUGGAAACGGAUUUGAAGACUUGCAAACCACCGCCACCAAGCGAGACACUGCCCGACAUGGACAAUGAGCAGCCGCUGGCGCUUGUGAAGGAGUUAGCAGCUGACUGGAGAGAGUCGAUGGAGGUGGUCGACCAGGCGCGAAUCUUCCGCAGCGCCAUGGACCCGGCCUUGGCCAACUACCUGCAACGUGAAAUCAGCUGCUUGAAGUCCCGAAGAGACUAUCCACGCUGUGCUGCUGCGCGGCAGAUGCGAGGCCGAAUCCUAGACGCGUGUCAUGGCCAUGGCCCACUGUUUCGCGAGUGAGGCGGGACGGACGCCGGGAAGCCGGGACGAUGUCCUGGAGAUGUUUGUAAGGGGAAUCAAAAACCAAC